UAACUCACUACACAAAAUCUGAUUAUGUCGUUUCCUUACUCAUAUAGCUAAACCGAGAAUUUCUCGGCGCUCUCCAGUAUCUGAAAAAAACAAUCGAAUCAAAUUUCAGGUAUUAUUGACUACAGUGAAGCUGUAAUUAUACAAAAUUUACUGUUGAUCGUAGCUUAAGCUAUGGAAAUAACUGCUAUAUACACUACUUGAAAUAGUGUGACGAAGAAUGCCGGGGAUCCCUUUAGUGGCUCGCGAAACUUCAUCAUAUACUAGAAACACGGAGCAAAUGUGCCGUGAGGAUGCUAGAUUGCAUUUAUCCGAAGAAGAAGAAAUGGCGGCUGAGGAGAGUCUUUCUAUUUAUUGCAAACCUGUUGAACUCUAUAACAUCCUUCAGCGUCGCGCCAUUAGAAAUCCAUCGUUCUUACAAAGAUCUUUGAGCUAUAAAAUACAAGCAAAGCACAAGAGGAGAAUACAAGUGUCUAUUUCUCUGUUUGAGACUGUGAAUGGUGCACUUUCUGGUAGUCUAUAUCCGUUAUACAUUUUAUUGGCAAGAGCAGUUUCUGAUAUCAGGGUUUCAGAGUAUUCUGCAGUAUAUCGCUUUCAUCGAGCAUGUGUUUUGACGAACUUCUUUGGAGUUGAGGGGAGUACUCAAGCAAAUUUUGUCCUACCUGAGAUUAAUAAGUUAGCAUUAGAGGCCAAAUCUGGUUCACUUGUUAUCUUGUUUGUUAGCUUCGCUGGAGCCCAAAAUUCUAUGCAUGGAGUUGAUUUAACCAAGGGUCAUUUGGAAAAUGUUGGAGGGUGCUGUCUAUUGGGCACUUUGCCUCUAGAUUCACUUUGUAUGUCAUGGGAGAAGUCACCAAACUUGACUUUGGGACAAAGAGUGGAGUUGACAUCACAGAUUAAAAUGAAAUCAUGUUUCUUGAAGUUGAGCUGUUUGAAUGAGGAAAAAUCUCUUUCAGUUCAAUUUCCAUUUAGUACGGAAACUACGAGUUCAUCACAAUGUCUUCAAGCCAAUGUUUCUGCAGAAGAGGUUGGGGCUAAGGAAAAAUCUCCUUAUCAUUCAUACACAUUCAGUGGCAUUUCUUCUUCAUCACUAUCUCAUAUUAUUCGGUUGAGGGCUGGAAAUGUCAUUUUCAACUAUAGAUAUUACAAUAACAAGUUGCAAAAGACUGAAGUAACUGAAGAGUUUUCAUGCCCCUUCUGCUUGGUAAAAUGUGGGAGCUUUAAGGGUCUAAGAUAUCAUUUGCCUUCAUCGCAUGAUCUCUUCAACUUUGAAUUUUGGGUAACUGAAGAGUUUCAAGCUGUAAAUAUAUCUGUGAAGACUGACACCUGGAGAUCUGAGAUUGUUGCUGAUGGUGUCGAUCCAAAGCAGCAAACAUUUGAUUUCUGCUCAAAGAAACCAAGGCGCAACAGACGAAAGAACCUUGUUCAUAAUUCAAAGCAUGUGCAACCAUUGGUUCAUGAUUCAAACUUACGCAUUGGAGCCUCCAGUAUUCUUGAUAAGGCAGACGGUGGGAAAGGCUUGCUUCAUAGUACUGCAGGUGCAACAGCGUGUGCAGAACAUGUUCCUUCCAGCUUUGAUGUUGCUGGAGUUUCAGAAGCAUUUUCAGAUCCUGAGUGUGUACAGGUAGCAGCAUCUGGGAACAAUUUUGCACCCCCUGCCAUGUUGCAAUUUGCGAAGACAAGAAAGUUAUCUGUUGAACGGUCCGACUUAAGGAACCGUACACUCCUUCACAAGCGACAGUUUUUUCACUCGCAUAGAGCUCAGCCAAUGGAUAUAGAGCAAGUGUUGUCAGAUCGUGAUAGCGAGGAUGAAGUUGAUGACGACGUUGCCGAUUUUGAAGACAGAAGGAUGCUUGAUGAUUUUGUGGAUGUUACUAAAGAUGAAAAGCAAAUCAUGCACUUGUGGAACUCCUUUGUCAGAAAGCAGCGCGUUCUGGCUGACGGCCAUAUCCCUUGGGCAUGCGAGGGAUUCUCAAGAUUACAUGGGCACGAUCUUGUCCGAGCCCCGGCUCUACUCUGGUGCUGGAGACUAUUAAUGAUAAAACUGUGGAAUCAUGGUCUUCUGGAUGCAAGAACCAUGAACAAUUGUAAUAUUAGUCUCGAGCAAUACCAAAAGCAGGAUAUUGAUCCUAUGAAAAGCUAGAGAAAAGCCCUAUGUAAAAUAUUUGCACAUAAAUUCUUAACAGUGGAAUAGUUUUACCAUUGCAUUUGCAUAA